UUUGGGCCGGAAUUGCAGCCAAAAGUGAGAUAUGCACCAUUUAAAAUGAAAUACUUACCUAAUAAUUACUUACUUAAUAAUUACUAUUAUUUAAACUUUAAAAAGGAAAAAAGAUACACAAAAACAAAUUAUUUGCAUCCCAUAUAUCCUCUUUAGUGACGCGAAUCAAUGGAAGAAAUACAAUGUGGUUUGUGUUUCUUGAACGCCGGCUCCAUCUGCUGGUUAUCUCAACUCUCUUUUCACAAUGUGCUGCUUGGGCAAUGUAAAUUAAAUCAUGGAAUCAUAACAAAAGUUGGUCUGACAGUUAGCGCUUCAUGGGAGUGAUACUCGAUCUGUUAUUAUAAUUGUCUGAAGGUUUUCUGGGAGCAGUGUAAAGUUUCCCACAAACCCUCCGCAGAGGUCAGAAGUGCUUCUCUGUGACGUCCUUUGAACGUCAACACAACUUUACUGUAAUUUAUAUGUAUUAAUCCUGCUGAUGAAGCGGGAUAGCUCAAAGUUAAACAGGGAUUCCCUGGUUCUUUUACCACAGUUGAACUGCAUUGACUGUUGUCCUGGCAACCUUAUGUCACAGAGUUACAAUGCCUCUCUGUCUCAGCUCAGCUCAUCGGUUCCAUUAAUUACAUUACAUCUGCAGGGACUCAAUGAAUAGAAGAACCUGUGGUCUCCUCCUCUGAGGAAAAUUGAAAGAAAUGUACAUUAUAUUAUAUCAUUUAGAAGUAGUGGCAUCAAGUCUGUAAAGAGAGAGGACAUUUGGGAUGAAACGAUUGAGGAGCACAGAUCAGUUUUAGAGUUUUACAUCCUGGAGUUUAUGUCUAAGGAGCCUUAUGGAGCCUCAUACUAUACUGCUACAGGAUGUGGUGAGUGUUUAUGUCGGUAUUUAGUUGUUCUUCAUGUUACCUGGUGGGGAAAGAGGCCCAGACAGUUUUACUGGAAUGCCUAAAAGCAGGCAGCUGUCUUGUUAAAUGCUCUUGAGAGAUUUAGUUUUGACAUAUGGCAGAAAAGUGUCUUCGACUAAAGGACGACACAAAUCAGUUUAAUGUGCUGCUCUUCCAAUUGAGCAGUUGAGUCAUAAUAAUUUACAUUUCUCAUCUUACACAUGCUUUCUUAUUGUUGAAAGAGAGCAGAGGGCAUUCGUAUACUUUGUAAAAGCAUCUCACACAUUUUCCUACUGUCCCACAAUCCUUUAAAUUCACAUGGUUUUGGUGGAUUUGAUGCACAAAAAAGGUUUACCAAAGGCUCAACUUGUGGUCCAUGGGAGGAGGAAUAUUUUUUAAUUCAGAGACGCCACAGUUAUGCAGCGAGCUGGGCUGUGGCUUCCUUCUUUGGGCGGAUCCUCCCCCUCGUCUGGAAGCUGUUGAGUUUUCUUCCAGAUGUGGCCGUGUGCUUUUUCUAAUUAUACAAUGUUACAGGCAGAGCAUAACAGAAAUAAAGGUUUGAAAAACAACACAAACAAGAGAUAAAGGGGUGGAAGUGUUGGGUACUAACUUCAAUUAGGACUUUUCUUACUUUUGGACGUGCAAAACUAUUUAUCUAUUUAUUGCAAUAGUUUACGUUAUUGCAAUAAUUGCGUAAUGACGAGGAUGUUCUCCUAUUAAAAAAACAUUUUUAAAAAGUGGUUUGACACAUAUAUUCAUAUUGAAAUAAUCAGGAUAACACAAUGGGCUUAUAAUGAAGACGAGGUGUUUAAUUGGAAGGAUUCCCAGACAUCUUGCACAUGUUCUCAAAAAGAAAUCAAAAAGCUGCGUACACGCAGGCUCAUUCGUCUGUUUGCCUCUCACAUUCACACUUUACAAAAUGACAGUUGUUUAAAAGCAGGUUUCUUUGACUUGGUCACCCUCAACGGGGAACAGAUUGCACAGCUGUGCGACUCACGCGCACACACACUGCAAACACACAAGCAAGAGACGAGAGGGGAAGAGCCCUUAAUGAAGGAUAGCGGACAGCUCCUUUGCUCUGGUGAACUAUUGGGUGCUGCUUUGGCAGCGAGAUGCUCCUGCUGUGUCCUUUGUAUGUACAAGUGGAUCAAACAAAAGCUUAUUGAGGAAUCUCUGGGAAGCCCGAGCUGUUGGAAAGGAAUGCCCUUUUCUCUUGGAGUCCUAAUCAGUCACCGGAGGGCCCGUUGAGGUGGAGGGGGGCUCCUGGACACGGCGGGCGGACAGGAUCUCUCACUCACUCCUCACUGGUCUCAAUAAAAUCUAUUAGCUGAACACAGAGCGGCCAGAGGCUGCUCAUUGCUGCUGAUGUGAUACUGAUGAAUCAAACUCAUUGUCUGCUUUUGGCCUUUUCAUGGUCACACGGGCCGAUCCUUAUGCCGUGUCCUGGGAAUGGCUACAUACUUAAAUGCAGUAAUCAAGUAGUUUGAGAGAUCCAGAGGUAAAAGGCGGUAGUUACUAUUAACUAUAUAAAAGAAAGAAAGUGUGCGUGUGUUUCCGUCUAUAAGAAGGAGGAGUUUUCUCGCUGCGCUCCUGCGCCAAACGGGUGUUGCGUAAGUAUUACGCUGCGCCUCAUCCUGAUGUGGAGUCACCAGCAAGUUUACCCGCUGUGCGCCUGUGGAAAGGUGGCGGGACACCGACGAGCGGCUUUUCCGACGUUGACCUUCUUGAAAACUGACCUUCAACACUGCCAGGAUCUUUGUUGCUUGUAGUUCAAGGGGAAGAUAGAUGGUUCGCACGAGGCGUUUGGAAAUGGGACUUUGCAGUUAGAACCGCGAAAGAAGCCAGACGGGCGGCCAUGGGCAGCGGCACGAGCCGGGGGAAGAGGGUGACACCCGCGUGUGUCAGCGAGGUGAACGUGACCAAAACCACGGUGGGCGUCACUCCCUCCGUACAGGAACGCCGUUCGUUCAAGCCCCUCGAAGUCGGUGCGAUUCUGCGCAACGCGCGCAACCGCGCGCAGCCGGACCGCCACAGCGAUGGACACGACUCGGACUUCUCUGGGGAGGACGACGGAGGGAUGGACACCUUCCUCACGGACCGCGAGGAUCGAGAGAGAUCCGCCGUGAAGACAAACCACGCGAAGAAGACGGUCAUCAGAUCCAAAACGUACGGACUGUGCCACCGGGGCGAGGAGGAAGAGGAGGUCAGCUCGGCCCCUCGGCUGCGAACCGAGGAGGCAAGUGGCCCAAAUGAGGCCUCGAGGAGUAGGGAUGCCUUCACAGGCGCCUGCCCCGGUCAGCGCAAUGGCUUUUUGGCAAGUGGAGCUUUGUUGGAAGUUCUUCCCGCGUCAGCAAAACAAUCGACAUUUGGCAGCUGCCAUAGCUCCUGUCUCCCCAUGCCAGUGUAUGAUGGAUCAGAAGAAGCGCUGAUGGACACUAUUGAGAAAGAGUUUAGUUGACCCCAAGCUGAGAGCACAAAAACAAAACAGAAAGGGAAGCAGGGUUUCUUUUGACAAAUUCCUGCCACGAUGGAAGGCUACAUUAAUAGUAUUUAACUUAAAUGCUGCUGUGAAGGAAUCCCUGCGUUCACCCAAGUCUUAUUUACCAACAUUGAGCAGUGUAAUUAGAGCUAUAGCAUCAGUAAGUUGUCCUCACUGACCAGGUGGGACAGAUGCCUCCUUGGUUUGUUAUGGUGUCACUGUCCCACACACACACGUCCACAGUGCCGACCCCCCGCAGAGAACACAACUACUUGCUGUAUUAGUUACCUAUUACUUCACUUUAACUUGUCCGGUAAUCAGUUGAGGAGAGGGUACAGUUUCUCCAUUGUUUCUGAAACUGAAAUAAACCCUAAACACAUAUUUUUGGGAUCAUACUAUUAGCAGAAAAUAACUUUUUCCACCACCAGUUUUGUGAAUUCAGCACAAUGCAUUUAGGGUAUUUUUUUCCCCACGUGGACACCUUAGAAAAGUAUGAGCUGUGGUUGAUUAUUUAAGGUUUCAUUCCCUUGGUUCCUAUACUUUUCCACCAUUAUGAAGAAGGAAUGUGUGACAACAGAGACUCUCAGCCAGGCUCAGGUUGGACAGCUGCGUUUCAGCCCCAUUCAAACAUGACGGCCUCCUGCCGCCUGGUGGUGCAACAUGGACGUUGUGUGAAGUUGACCGGGUUUCACACAUUCGUUCCUGUUUAAUAAAAUGUAAAUCCUAAUAAAAAAUGCAGAAGAAGACUUUUGUAAUGUUGUUUUAUAUUGCAAAUAAACAAAUAGUAUUGCUGUA